AACUAUAAUUUUUGGUAUAGUUAAAUUUUCAUUUGUUUAAGGGUGAAAGUAGUUAUUUUCAGUUUUAGCGUUCAUGUGUUUUCCUUUCAAUUUUAGGUUUUGAUUAUCACAGGGAGUAAUCAAGAAAGCAUGAGGUCGGUUCCGAGUGAAAUGCUAUCAUUGAGGGAAGGUAGUGAAGUCGAAAUCUCUUAUAGAGAAAAUGGGUUUAAAAAUGUUUGGUACAAAGCCAUGAUCGAGUCAAAUUCCAAGUCUAGACUCCGACAACUGUGUGUCCGGUUACUUAAGGAUGACUCUUCGACUCUUCUUACCCACCUCAUCAACAAAGUCACCUUUCGACCGGUUCCUCCAGAAGAUGUGCAAGUUGGCAUCGAUAUCAAGGUAGGCUCCAUCAUCGACGCUGAUUAUAAAGGUGGCUGGUGGACUGGUCUUGUGGUGAAACAGACUGAGGUUGGCAAGUGCUUGGUGUUGUUCGAUUCAUCACUUCAGAUUCUUCAGUUUGAGAGAAAGCAUUUGAGGCCACAUCUUGACUGGUUCGAUGACAACCGAUGGGUAAUACCAGGACCAGAUUUGGAGUUUUUGAGGGAGGAGUCCAUGUUUAGCUCUGGAACAAUGGUGGAAGUUUGUGAUAAGAAAAAUAAGGGAGAGGUCGUGUGGGUUCCUGCGAUAAUUAUUAAAGAGAUCGAGGAGAUGAAAUAUAUUGUCAAGGUUUGUGACGAUCCCUGGAGCUGGCUAGGUAUUAACACAAGACCCAAUAAAAGCGUUGAUCUACCUAGUGUUAGGCCUAGACCGCCUCCUUUUUCGGUCGAAGAGCUUCAGUUGGCGGAAUAUAUUGAGGUUUUUCAUGGUACAUCGUGGCGUCAAGGGAGACUGACUGGAAUGAUGUCUGAGAGUUGGUUCCAUGGGAAAUGGUGUAAAGUGAUUUUAGAGGGUACGAAACAGGGAGGGUGUUUCAAACUCUCGGAUGUUAGACCUUCCAAGACGUGGCAAGGUGGCGUUUGGAAGCCAAGAGAAUCGCCUUUAAAUCAAGGGUUGGUAAAUAAGAUGAGUGACACGUUGAUGAAUGCAGAAGAAUCUGGUCCACCUGUAACCUCACCUCCGGGCAUAACUGCAAGAGAUAAUGGAACUAGCGAGGAUGACGGUAGGAAGAGGAAGAGAAAUCAAAACCUUAGUUCUGUUGAGGAAAGAGAAGCAAAGGAUAUAGCAAUGGUUUUACCCUUUGAGAAGAAGUUACCGAUUUGGAAGAGAGUUGAAUCGAUGGAGGUAUAUAAAAGAUUCCCACAAAGUCCUCAUUUCAUCCCAUUGUUGGAAAGUAGAGAAGAUUGCCGUGAAAUGUCUGCGGUUGGUAUGAUGCUUACCUUUUCCGGUUUACUUGAGGAAGUCAAAACUCUGCAACUCAACAGUCCUAUCAGCUCGCUAAAUAGCCUCAGUGAUUCCUUUGCCGAGUUAGAGAAGCACGGGUUCGAUGUACAAGUGCCUAUGUUGCGGAUUAGUAAGCUCUUGUCUCUUAGAGAAGAACAAGCAAAGAAAAUGAAGGAACUCAAAGAUGCCGAGAAAGUGACUGCAGAGAAAGAAAGCAUAAAGGGUGAGAACGAAGGCAAGAUUCUUGAUCUGCAAAGGCUGAACAAGGAGGUGGACAAAGAGAUAGCUCAGAGUAAGUUAUGUGAAGCAACGGUUGCCCAACAACUUGAAGAUGUGGAGCUUCAGUUUCACACAACUGCGUCGGCUCCAUGGUGAAAUGUCUAAUC